ACGUGCUGAGUCACGUGACUGCUAACGUCACGUAUUUAAGCGAGCGGCGCGAGUUUUUGUGAAGAUGAGCUGUUUCCCUGUUCUCCGUCAACAGUUUCUUCACAGCUAGCAGGCUAGCCGACAUUGUGUGUGUGUUUUUAAAAGCUCAUUGUAAAGCCGCGAAGUCGUUUUCACACCAGACUUGUGGAGUCAAAGAUGAGUUUCGGCUCCAAGGUGAGACUCAGCCAAGGCAAGUCCAACGAAAACGCCAAAAGUUUUUCCUCUCAAGUUGCAAAGUCCGCAAUGACUUCUUCGAGGCCGACGCUGCAGGUCCUCCAGCCCUUGGCGGUCAACAGAGAUUUGGGCUUGCCCACUAAGGCGGGAAAGGGCACCAUCCCCAAACGUAAACAGUGGCUUGCUGAGCAAAGCAGAGGCUUGAAAAAGGCGAAGGUGGAAGUGAAGUCAACGCAGACCGAAGAUGUUUCCACUUGGAACGAGGGCUCGUCCAAUGAAGCCUACCAGCUUAUGGUCCAAGAAACUCCGCCUCCUGCUUACUGGAAAGAUGUGGCGGAAGAGCGUCGCAAGGCUUUGUUCAAUGUUCUACAGGAGAAUGAGAAGCUGCACAAAGACAUCGAGGCCAAAGACGAGCAGAUCGCCCGGUUGAAGAGCGACAACGAAGAACUGCGCGAGCUGGCCGACCACGUGGAGUACAUGGCUGACAUGAUCACGAGGCUGACUGGGAAGGGACCAGACAACCUGGAAGAAAUGAGGGGCCUUGCGCUGGAUGAAUAUGACGAAGCAGAGGAACAAGAGGAAGGUGAAAAUGAUGAAGCUGAAGAGGAGGACGAUGCGACUGAUGAAGCUGUAGAGGAGGAAGAUGACGGUGCAGAAAAGGAGGAAGAUGCGAAUGAAGCUGAAGAGGAGGAAGAUGACGACGGUGCAGAAAAGGAGGAAGCUGAAGAUUGUUGUCCGAGUGAAGCAGAGGAACAAACAUCAGACCACAACGAAGAGCAGCAGGAAUAACUCUGCUCAAUGGAAGUCGUUCCAAAGUGACUCCUGAAAGUAACUUAUACAUUUUCUUUUAAAUUGGAAGUGUUUAAACUUGUUCUGCAACAGUAAGAGCAGUGUCCUUGAACGUGUCCUCAAAGUCUCCUUGCUCAUGUUACGACAGAAAGCAAAUGAUCGGAUGCUGCUUGUCUUUACAAACGUGAGGACUUGUUCAACAUUCGUGUUCAUUUCCUGACAGAUGCUUGAAUUUUUUUUUUUUUUUUUUUUUUUCGUUGCCUGUGAAACUGUACGUUGUAUUUUAAAAUAAAAAAUUUACACUAUGUCUUAAACUCUUGCAUCUGUACCAGGAGUCGCCAACCUUGCUGAAAGCGCGACUUUCUGGGGACUGAUGAAUGCCGCCAGUUGGAUAAACAAAAUGAGGGUUCCUACACUUAAAUUAAAAUUCCAUACUUUUUUGACUCUAAUUUCCAGACUUCUGUAGAAAAUAAAGUUGACAUUUGAGUAACUGUGCAUCACUUUGACUAUAUGGCCAAAUUUCCAGUAGAUUGUAGCAAAGUAAUGUAGCUCAUGUAAAUAAAGAGCAAAACCAGCAUGACUAUUGUGCUUUUUGCCAUUAAAAUGAAUCACAAGUGCUAAGUUGGACAAGUCAAACAUUUGUUUGCAUUUGUCUGUUUUCAAACCCAAUUUCAAAUCCUACUUUGAAACGCUAAUUAGAAUUUUUUUCUUGAAGUACCAAAAUAAAAAAAUUUUGAAACUCA